CUCGUAAAAUUUUUUAUCAUGAAAGUGCACCUAAUCUAUCAAAAAUCUGUUAAGCAAUAAAUGAAUUUGAAGAAACUAGGUCAAUAAAUCGAUAGUCAAAUUUUGAUUAGUAUUUGGUUAACUGUAAACGAAAACCACACUGGCCAAGUGCUAAGAAGGUAGACGUCAAAAAAAUGAGUUGAGAAGAACAAAACUACUGACAAUUUACUUUGAAAUCUAAAAGAAGGAACUUACUAGGAUUAUUUAUUUACAUUUGUACUUGCUUUUUUUAUUAUUGGUUUCUUUCUUAUUGUUACUUGAUAGUGGAAACGCUUGAAAGAAUACGAAAUAUAUUAUGACACGACAUGCAAGAAAUUGUACUGCAGGGGCCGUUUAUACGUAUCACGAAAAGAAAAAAGAUGCAAAAGCAUCAGGUUAUGGAACAAAUUCUCAAAGACUAGGGAAAGACUCUGUAAAAGAUUUUGAUUGCUGUUCUCUUUCUUUACAGCCGUGUAGGAACCCAGUUAUUACGAAAGAUGGUUACCUUUUUGAUAAGGAAGUGAUACUUGAAUAUAUUUUAAAAAAGAAAAACGAAUAUAAACGAAAAUUGAAGGAAUAUGAGAAAUUAAAAAAACUCGAAGAAGAGAAAAAUGCACAAAAAGAAGCUGAAAAUAUGAAUCAGAAAAUUUCGUCAUUUCUUAAAGAUGAGAACAAUAUAGUCAGCAAAUCAUUGCUGGAAGUAGAAACGGAGAAACCUAGUACUUCUUCAAUUUCAAAUAUGGCUGUAGGCAGAGACAAAGACCUUCCUAGUUUUUGGGUUCCCACUAUGACACCAAGCGCUGAGAAAACAGAAUUGAUAAAACCCGAUCCAGUAGUUUAUUGUCCCAUAUCUAAUAAGCCCCUUAAAGCUAAAGAUUUGAUCGAUGUUAAAUUUGUUCCUGUAAAUGAUCCAGAUGAAAAAAAGUCCAUUUAUACAAAAGAAAACAGAUAUAUGUGUGCUAUAACCCAUGACAUUUUGAGUAAUUCAGUACCAUGUGCAGUUUUAAAACCAACUGGAGAUGUCGUAACUUUGGAGUGUGUCAAUAAAAUUAUUAAAAAAGAUAUGAUCCAUCCAUUAACAAAUAAACCAUUGCACAAAAAGGAUAUAAUUAUUAUGCAGAGGGGAGGGACUGGAUAUUCGCUCACAAAUAAAAAACUAGAUGGUAAACAAGACAGACCUGCGCUACAAGCUUAAAUUUAAUCCUAACAAGUAUUGUAUAUAUGAUGUAAAAUAUAAUAUAACUAAGAAAAUA